AUGAUAUCAGUAGCAUUUCAUGGAACAAGAGCAUAUCUUAUAGACAAAAGUCUUAUACCAAUAGUUUUGUUAUGGUUAGACCCAGUUGUUGGAUAUAACUUCAUAACAUAUGGUUCAUUCGAUACGGAACGUUGCAGUGAAGGCUUACUUUACAUCGUUCAGAAACCGAAGGACUUCAAUACAAAGAGAUAUAAGAUAGGAAGAACAUAUAAUAUAACUCAAAGAUAUGACUCUACAGUCAAUAGAGUCAAGGUUGUGUUUGUUAAUGAUAUGAGAGCUGCAGAAACAGAACUACUUGAAAAGUUUGAGAAAAUGUAUGGUGCUCCCAUAAAAGGUAAAGAAACGUUUGAAGUAGAUGAGAUAGAUAAAGCUAUAAAAUUAUUUGACGAAGUUGCUGAAAAAUACAUGUAA